AAUGACGGACAAUUUCACAAACGCAGAGCAGAAGAAGAAGGGUAUCUCAAGAUUCUCCGACAUCCACUCUCCUUCUUCUCCUUCUUGUUCUGAGCUGGUUUGGUUAGGGUUUAUCUCCAGCUUCCCUUCCCAUCUGCAGUGGCCAGUCUUUGGCAUUCGGUCUCUGCCUGAAUGUGAAGCAGCAUGUUUUCCUCCAGAGGAAGCAAUGCGUACGGGCAGCAAUCGUAUCCCGGGCAGUCGGGAUACGGCCAAAAUCUGUCGGGUGCUUACUCCGGAGGUUCUGUUGGGGGACCUGAUGGGGCAUCUCAACUUUCUUUGGGCUCCCAGCAUUCAGCAAUGCGUGGUAGUUUGCAGGAAGCUGAUGCCAGUGGGUACAGGCCUCAUCCUACAGCCGCUUCCCGUUACGGGAGCCAGUACGGUUCCGUGUAUGGGUCAACUUCGUUGGGUGGUUCUCAGCAGCUUCCUUCAAUUGGUGGCAAAGGAGCUGGACCAUCUGCUAUUGAAGGUCGAGGGAGCUACACUCCGGCAAUAGCAGAUUCCCCAAAAUUUUCUUCCGGGGAAUAUAUUCCCACAUCAAGUCAUGGAUAUAGUCGGAAAGGUGAUGCAUUAUAUGCAGAGAAGGUUCCUGAUUAUCCUCCUAUAGAAAGACGACCGUAUGUUGAAAGGCACAGUGCUUAUAUUGGAAGGGAUUUGCAAACUGAGCCAACCAGAAGAUUUGCUGAUCCUGUUGGCUUUGCGCAUCAGCGUCAGACUGAGGCUUAUGAUCGCAUUGAUCAAGCCUCCUUACUUCGUCAAGAACAUUUGCUGAAAGCUCAAUCAAUUCAACCAACUAGUCUUGAUGGGACCAGACAAACUGAAUAUCUUGCAGCAAGGGCUGCAGUUAGUCGCCAUGCCCCCCGUGAUCUUUUGUCCUACGGAGGAAGAGCUGACGCCGAUGCUCAAACAUUGCCAAUUCUUGGUGCUUCCUCAUACAGCGGACAAGAAGUUCCUUCCAUAUUGGGUGCAGCUCCUAGAAGAAAUAUGGACGACCUCCUAUAUGCGCAAAGUUCUUCAAACCCAGGAUAUGGGGUGAGCCUUCCUCCUGGGAGAGACUACUCUAUCGGAAAAGGUCUUCAUGGGGGUCCCCUGGAAUUGGACUACUCGACUGGCCUGUUGCCUCGUGGGAGUAUUCCGCACAUUGACGAGCGUAAAGAUGACAGAGCAAGUUACCUCAGGGAGUUUGAAUUAAGAGAAGAGGAGCGCCGUCGGGAACGAAUACGUGAGAGAGAGAGAGAAAGAGAGAGGGAGAAGGAUUGGGAACGGGAACGAGAACGAGAACGCGAGCGCGAACGUGAACGGUUACGUGAAAGGGAGCGCGAACGAGAACGGGAAAGAGCCCGUGAGAUGCUUGAGAGGCGGGAGAAGGAGAGAGAGCGAGAUCGCAAGCGCGCCCUCGAGAUCAGGAGAGAGCGAACCCCACCUAGGUCCUCCAUCGACCGUCGUGGCUCCUCACUGUCAAAGGAAGUAAGAUCUCUGCGACGGGAUUCACCACGUGGAGAAUCUUUGCAUAGGCGUCAUUCACCUGUUAAAGAAAUAAGAAGAGAUUAUGUCUGCAAGGUUUAUCAAUCCAAUUUAGUGGCUGUGGAGAGGGAUUAUUUGUCAAUUGAUAAGCGGUAUCCCAAACUCUUCACGUGUCCAGAAUUUACAAAGGCUGUUGUCUAUUGGCCAAAUGGGAAUAUUAAGCUUUCUCUCCAUACUGCGGUGAGCUUCGAACAUGAAUUUCUUGAAGACGAAGGUGCUACUGAGCAGAAGGAUUCAUCAUCUAAAAACUGUGUCAGAGAACCUGAAAAACAAAAUACUGUCUGGAAUGCUAAGGUGAUCUUGAUGAGCGGACUCAGCAGGAGUGCUUUGGAGGAUCUGUCUUCUGAUAAAAGCUUUGGUGAUUGGGUUCCUCAUAUAUGCAACAUUAUUAGGUUUGCUGUUCUGAAGAAGGACCAUUGUCUCAUGGCAAUUGGUGGCCCGUGGAACUCAACAGAUGGGAGCGACCCAUCUGUUGAUGCUUCUUCAUUGGUUAAAACUGCAAUGAGAUACGCAAAGGAUGUUACUCAACUUGAUUUGCAGAACUGCCGGAAUUGGAAUAGUUUUCUUGAGAUACAUUAUGAGAGAAUUGGAAAGGAUGGCCUCUUUAGCCACAAAGAGGUGACUCUGAUUUUUGUUCCAGACCUCUCCGAUUGUCUCCCAUCAGUGGAGUCCUGGCGUCAACAAUGGUUGGCUCACAAGAAUGCCCUAGCUGAGAGAGAGCGCAAAAGUUCUCAGAAGAAAGAGAGAUUGGGGGAUAAAGCAGAGGUGGCUAAAGAAAAAGAUCUGACUUCGCCAAAGGUGGAAAAAACAGUUGCAAAAUCAGAGAAAAAGAAAGAAUCUGCAUCUUUGGAGCAGGCUGGGAGUGCUAAAGAAGGCAGUAGUAAUGGGACUGAAUACGUCGGUGAUAAAAAGAAAGGAGAGAAGGGUGAGACCAGCGAACAUGCCAAGGAUAACAAGGAAAAAGAAAAUAACAGUAAUGAAGAAAUUGCUGUUCCUGAGCAAGCAGUCACUAAGCCCAUAAAGAAGAAGAUUAUAAGGAAGGUUGUGAAAUCGAAGGCUGGAAAUAAGACGUCAGAGAUGGAAAAUUCUGCAAGCAAACAGAGUGAGAAGCCUAACAAUAAGAAUGACAGAGAGAAGGAAUCACUGGAUGCUUCAGAUUGCAAAACAUUUGUGCGGAAAAAAGUUGUUAAAAAGGCCUCCGCAGCUGAGAAUUUUCAGAAGAAGGAUGAGCAAUUUGAGGAGAAAUCUCAGAUGGAAGGGGAGAGCACUGAAGGUGAAGCAAAGGAGAAGGUUGAUUCGGGAGUCAAGCAAGAGAGCGGUGUGAAGACUACUGUGAAAAGGAAAGUGAUAAAGAAGGUACCAAAGAAGAAAGCUGCGGAUGGGGAAGCCAUUGUUGAGGGAGGAGGCAAGAAAGCUGGAGGAGGGGACUCAGAGAAGGUUACUGAGGUUAACAAAAUGCAGAAGAAAGUAGUUCCUAAAGGAAAGCCUCAAACAUCGGCUUCUGAAAAACAAGAUAGUGCAACAAUUUCUUCCGCAAAGGCCGAAACUCAGGAUGAUAAGGAGGAUAAGAAGGCUGAGAAGGGUGCUGCUGAUGAGAAGCAUGCCUCCACAAAAGCCGAUAUGAAGGGUGAAAAGGGUAAAAGUGCUACCAAAGAAGCUUCUGAUGGGAAGAAGUUGAAGGACGGUGAGAAGUCUAAAGACGAAAAGGAGAAAAAAAGUGCAAAAUCAGAUGAAGCGAAAGAGAAAAAGAAGAAUGAAGAACCUCCUCGACCUGGUUUCAUUCUACGAACAGAAGGCAGCAAGGAUUCUAAGCUGCGGUCAACAUCACUUUCACUCGAUUCCCUGUUGGAUUAUUCUGACAAGGAUAUGGAAGAAUCUACAUUCGAGAUUUCUUUAUUCGCAGAAUCACUUUAUGAGAUGUUCCAGUACCAGAUGGGCUGUCGUCUCUUAGACUUUUUGCAGAAACUGCGUGUAAAAUUUGUCAUGAAGAGAAAUCAGCGCAAGAGGAGGCUAGAAGAGACUCAUGAGAGGGGCAGUGAUGCGAAGCCAUCAACAAAGCUUCCUAAGACCUCCGAGGACCCAGUGAAAUCUAAUAAAUCUGCUAGUCCUGAAAAGUCAAAUUCAGCUCAGCCAAAUGAUGAGCAAAUGAAGGACAAGGAGGAGGAUGCUCCUCCUGUUGAACGUGCUGAGGAUGCCAAUAUGGAUGAUAAAGAAGAUGAUGCUUAUGAGGAGGACCCAGAGGAAGACCCAGAAGAGGAUCUGGAGGAGUGUGAAGAAUUGGAUGAUGGAGCUCCUGAAGAUGACCCAUCUAAUGAGGAAACUGAGCAAAAAGAGGACACCGGUGUCAGUGCUGAGCCUGAAAAUAAGGUUGGUGGGAGCAAAGACGACAAAGAAGAAGCAGAUGAACCUGAGAAGGAAAAAUCUAAGGUGACUUCAGCUGCUGAGACAAAACAGAGCUCUGACGUGGACAUGGCUGCAAAGAAAGAGGAGAAGACCAAACAGGAUCAUGUCACUAAGGAAGCUGCUAUGGAUAAGGAGCUUUUGCAGGCUUUCAGAUUUUUUGAUCGAAAUCGAGUUGGCUACAUUAGGGUGGAAGAUCUGAGGCUAAUAUUGCACACUUUGGGGAAGUUCUUGUCACAUAGAGACGUGAAGGAGCUCGUGCAGAGUGCAUUGUUAGAGAGCAGCACGGGAAGGGAUGACCGGAUCAUCUACGACAAGCUUGUUAGAAUGUCUGUAUGAGAAAAGGAGGCUGAUUGGCUUUUAUUUUUCUCUUGUACUAUGUUGGUGAGAGUUUCUUUGCGAAUUCUGAUACAUGAAAAAGGACUCUUCCUUUCCCCGUUAUAAAUUUUAUGCGGAGAUAAUAAAUGUUUAUGUUUGCCUUUUCUUUGUUA